GCGCCCUUGUUGCUUUGGUUAUCCAUUGUGACUGCUGCGCGGAAACAUUUGUUGCCUUGGACCUACACGGCUGUGGAUCCCACAUAUGUGUUCCACUACGGUCUGAGCUACUUACAUUUCUCGUCUAUUUAAGUAAGUUCUGCAGAUAUACUAACACCAGCACCUCUACCGACGUUUGCGUUACUGCGUGUUACGACUAAGUCCUCAUGACGACACUGCCAUCCUCCCUGUCCGACCUUACCUCUAGAAGCGCAACCACUGAUGUUGCGCAGCUUCGCGCUGAGAUCGACGAAGACCUUGCUACAUUAGCCGAGUCUAUGCGCAGCCUUUGCUUUCGCAGGAACUGCCUAGCUCCUAUCUCUAGACUUCCAAACGAGAUUCUCGCGAUGAUUUUCGAAUACUACGAAGAAGACAACCGUAUCGAUGAAUAUGAUA